AUGGCAAUUGAAGAGAAAGAUCAGGGGAAGCUCAAGGAGAACGAGGAAGAGUCGCAAGCCUCAAAGAAAGGAAAACAAAUCAUGAAAGAUCAUCCACAAGAACAGAAGAAGAUGGAAAAGCUAUACACUUCUUCCCUUCCAUAUCCUCAAAGGUUCAAUAGAGAGCUUAAAGACCAACAUUUCCCCAAGUUCCUAGAAGUUUUCAAGAAGCUGGAAAUCAAUAUUCCACUUGCUGAAGCAUUGGAGCAGAUGCCUCUGUAUGCAAAAUUUCUCAAGGAGCUUAUUAACAAGAAGAAGAGCUGGAAUGAAAAAGAGACAGUGAUCUUGACACAAGAGUGCAGUGCUGUCAUCCAAAAAGGCCUCCCACCAAAACUCAAAGACCCUGGAAGUUUCUUUCUACCUAGCACCAUUGGCAAUAUAUUCAUUGAGAAGGCAUUGUGUGAUUUAGGAUCAAGUAUCAAUCUGAUGCCCUUAUCUAUGAUGAGAAAAUUGUCCAUAGAAGAAGUGAAAACUAUAAGGAUGACCUUGCAACUUGCUGACAGAUCAAUGGUAAUCCCUAAUGGAGUGGUUGAGAACCUCACAUGA